AUAAAAUUCAACUACCUUUCUCACACCCUCGAUACGGAAAUACUAGCUCGCCACUUGCGUCUCACCGAAAGGCUAUUCCAGAAGCCUACCUUUGCUGCCAUGACAAAGCUGGACGGAAGACGAUUGCCUCGAAACUUCCCCCAUCCGGUAACAUCACUCAAAGACGCGAAAGGGAUCCUCCCAAUCAACUCUGCGACGAACUACCAUCCGUGCGGUACUUGUUCCAUGAUGAGGGAAGAUCUUAGUAGAGUGGUUGACGAGCGGCUGGCUAUAUACGGGACGAAGAAUAUGAGGAUUUGCGAUGCGAGUGUCUUGCCAAUCAUCCCACGGGGGAAUAUUCUGACCGCUGUCUACGCUUUCGCCGAGAAGGCAGCUGAGAUAAUUGUUAGG